AUGGCAGGAUUCCAGAUCACUCCCUGGUUCCGCUACUGCCAGCCCUCCAAGCCUCUGGCGAUCGGUAGCUUUCCUUGGCGCUGUGCCGUGUCCAUGAGGAUUGGGGUUGAGCCUGUGACAGGGAAUGUGCGCCUGAGCAGCACAGACCUGAGGGGAUUUGAACCACCUACACCCAAUCCAUGCGUGAACAAUGGUGAGCAAGAAGAGGAACAGCAGAAGCCUGAAGACCUUAAUGCACCUACUGACGAUGCCCCUCAGGAGAAGCAACAGCCAGCUGAUCUGUCCUCAGAAACAGAGAAGGCAGAGUCCAAAGAAAACCAGGAGGUUUCUGAGAUGGACCAAGUUAUAAAGAUCCAAGCUUGGUGGCGCGGUACACUGGUACGUCGGUCGCUGUUGCACGCAGCCCUCAGUGCCUGGAUCAUCCAAUGCUGGUGGCGGCUGAUACUGCCAAGGAUUAUGGAGAGGAGGCGGCAGUCCAUGCUGGAUAAUUUCCAACAGGAGCAGUGGGCAGUCGUCAGGCUGCAGUCCUGGAUCCGCAUGUGGCGUAUCCGCAGGCGUUACUGCCGGUUGCUUAAAGCUGUCCGGACCAUCCAGUCUCACUGGAGGUGUCAUGCUUGCUCUUCAAGGGGUGUCAUCAAGGGCCAAUACCGAAUUUCAGCCAGCCAGAUGCAUCUUGAGCUGGAGGUCUUGCUGGGUUCGGGGCCUUGUAUUGUGACCGAAUGUAUUCCCCUCCCAAUAAAGCAGUGA